AUGAGUUCAUGGAGAAGGAGAUUGAGCUUGGUCGUCAAGUUCCAGGAGAAAGUCGGCCUUGACCUCCUCGUCCACGGCGAGCCUGAACGUAACGACAUGGUUCAAUACUUCAGCGAGCAACUGAACGGCUUUGUCUUCACUCAAACCGCCUGGGUGCAAAGCUACGGAUCUCGUUACGCACAGAGCGUCUCCAGCAAGCCCAUGAAGGGUAUACUUUCUGGCCCUGUUACCAUCUUGAACUGGUUCUUCCCUCGUGGCGAUGUUCCACAUAAGCUGCAGUUGCAGCAGCUUGCUCUUGCGCUCCGUGAUGAGGUCCUUGAUCUUGAAAAGGCUAGCAUUAGUGCCAUCCAGGUCGACAAGCCUGCCGUUCGUGAGGGUCUUCCUCCCUGCCACCCUGACUGGGAUGAGUACUUGCAAUGGCCUGUGGACACCUUCAAGCUCUCCACUGCUGGUGUGAGCGAUGCCAUUGAGACCCACUCUCACUUCUGCUACUCCGACUUCGGUGACAUCUUCCCCUCCAUCCAGCGUCUUGAUACCGAUGUCAUCUCUAUCAAGUUCUCGAAGAGUGACAUGAAGCUCCUCCACAGCUUCAAGCAAUACGGCUACUCCAACCAGAUUGGUCCUGGUGUUUAUGACAUCCACUCGCCUCAUAUCCCCAGCGAGGCAGAGAUCAUCGAGUGUCUCAAGACCACCCUGGCCAUCAUUCCCAACCACCUCAUGUUCAUCAACCCUGACUGUGGUCUGAAGACUCGUGGCUGGAAGGAAAUCGACGCUUCCUUGGCCAACUUGGUUGCUGCCGCAUGCUGA